AGAUUGCGCUUUUUAUCCCGUACAUCGACUUUCUGCUAAUGCGUUGAGUUAAGAUAAAAAGAAGAUGGAGCGAAGAAUAGCCAGGAUAAUGUACAUCCUAAUAAUAUUCGCGCUAGUAAAUGAAAUGUCGAUCGCCGUUCAAGCGAAAGAUAACAAUAAGAGGCGUAGUAAAGAAAAGAUGGGAGGAUUCCACAAGAAUAUCUGUGACAUAACCGAUCGUGAUUCUAAAGUCCAUUGCUACUGUGAGAAUACGAGAGAACCUAGAAAUGCAACGAAGGCCGAAUGCUGGGUAUUCAAUGGCGGUAUACCCCGUGACGACCUCAUCUGGCAAAGUUUCGCCUCCCAACCAACUUUGCAAACUUUAUCUUUUAACGUUCGUGUCGAUGGCGCGCUAGGCUACGUGCCGACCAAAGCGCUUCAGUACUUACAAAGACUUAAAUCUAUAAAUAUCAAGUAUGGUAACAUAGUUGACGUUAGCUCUCACGCGUUCGCCAAUUUAACUAAUUUGAAAGAGGUAUCAAUUUCACAAAAUCAGAUUGAAACUUUGCAACAAUAUGCAUUCGCCUACCUUCCUAAUUUAACUGUGGUUAAUUUAGAAGAAAAUAUGAUAUUAGAAAUUGGGAGGGACUCGUUCUUUGACGUUCCGAAAUUGCAAAAACUUGUAUUUACAAAAAAUAAUAUAUCGACAAUUAGUAACGGGGCAUUUCAACAUGCAUUCAAUUUGUUAGAAUUGGACCUCAACAAAAACAACAUAUUCCAUCUGAACCGUCACACGUUUGAUGGAUUGGCUAACUUAAGGAAAUUGGAUCUCAGACGUAACCGAAUUUACAACCUGACCGAAUUCACGUUCGCCGAAUUGUGGAAUUUACAAGAGUUGCUUUUGGGAAAGAACGAAUUAAAAUAUAUAUCAGAGAGAGCGUUCGAUGGUUUAUCCCAACUCCGUAAAUUGUCCCUCGAUGACAAUAAACUGGCGUCGCUUCCCUCCGGUUUAUUCGAGGGCGUAAGGGGUCUCAGCUCCCUAGAUUUGCGUUCCAACGAACUACACGCUUUAACUUUCGACAACAUCAAGCCCAUAUUGGAUAAUUUGAAGCCUUCAGGCAGCAAUUUGCUACUCGAAGAGAAUAACUUCGUUUGCGACUGCAGAUUGCAAUGGAUGCAUAUAUUACGGAACGAAACAAAAAGUCAGAAUACAAAAGAUUCGUUGGAAGGAGUGACGUGUAAAAUGGAUCCACCGAUCGUUAGCUCCGCAUACAACAAGAUGCCAGACGUUAUUACGAAUGUAAACCAAAAUUUAUUACACGCUGAUGCUACUUUAGAUAAAUUUACUAAAACAAAUGAAACAGACAAGAAAUUAGAUGAGAUAAAAGAUAUGGUAAAUGAAAUAAAUGCUAAGAAAGGUGUUAAGAGAAAUGUUUUGAAAAUUCCACCCGAAACACUCCCGUGUCCUGCAGAAACGAGGAAAACAACCGAGACUCCACCAUUCGUAGUAGAUCCUGUGAUUCCAAUUCAAAAUGAAAUGAAGACGUUUAGAUUUCAAGAGAUGAAUGCUGCUCAUAACAUGCCUUUUGUAUUCGGCCUUAUAUUAUGGAGUGUUUGUUUUGUGUUCUUCUUCACUUAGGUAUUGUUAGACGAUUCGACGAUUCUAGUCAUUAUUGUAAGGGAGAUACAGACUAUUUUCAAA